AUGGAGGCGCAGUCGUACUGUGCCAAGCUCCUGGGGGAGCUGAACGAACAGCGGAAGAGGGACUUCUUCUGCGACUGCAGCAUCAUCGUGGAAGGGCGCAUCUUCAAGGCGCACCGGAACAUCUUGUUUGCCAACAGCGGCUACUUCCGCGCCCUGCUCCUCCACUACAUCCAGGACAGCGGGCGGCACAGCACGGCCUCGUUGGACAUUGUCACCUCGGAUGCCUUCGCCGUCAUCUUGGAUUUCCUCUACUCGGGCAAGUUGGAUUUGUGUGGGGAGAACGUGAUCGAAGUGAUGUCGGCGGCCAGCUACCUGCAGAUGAACGACGUGGUGAGCUUCUGCAAGGCCUACAUCCGGUCGUCGCUGGACAUCUGCAGGAAGAUGGAGAAGGAGGCCGCGGUGGCUGCCGCCGCGGCGCCUCGGGACCCUCGGGACGGCAGGGGGAGCCCCAUUUCGGGGAGGGAGGGGACCUCCUGUCGUACCCAGAGCUGGGGCAGCUCCCCAGCCUUGGCUGAAAGGAGCGGGGACCGCUCGAGAUCGCCCCCGUGCGACGACUGCGGGGACUGCCACGCCUCGGAGCUGCUGCUGAAAGACAGCCAGGGCUGCGGCUUGGCCCACAGUGACCCCCUGUCUUCUUUUCCGGGAAGGGUCGAGCCCAAAGGGGAGCCUGAUGGGGCCGCAGCGGAGGGGGAGGAGGGUGAACAGCAGCUGCAGUUCACGGCCCCGCCGAGCCUGGCCCGCGUGGAGGAGGGCCUGCCCAGCAGCCCUGCGGGGGACUUGGCGUACACCAACUGCCAGGUGAAGCAACUCCUGGAAGCUCUCCUGCGCAGCGGGGCUGCCCACAGCAAAGACGACGCAGGCCAUCAUUUUUCCCGGAGUCUGGAGGGAAGGCCAGACCGUGCAAGAGUAGCCAUGAGUUCCAUGAUGGACGUCCGGAAUGACUGGUAUGCAGAGGACGCAGGUGACGUGCUGGUGGUCCCCAUCAAGCUCCACAAGUGUCCUUUCUGCCCUUACACGGCCAAGCAGAAAGGCAUCCUGAAGCGCCACAUCCGCUCACACACAGGCGAGCGGCCCUACCCUUGCGAGACCUGCGGCAAAAGGUUCACAAGACAGGAGCACCUUCGGAGCCACGCCCUGAGCGUGCACAGAUCCAACCGUCCAAUCAUCUGUAAAGGCUGCAGGAGAACUUUCACAAGCCACCUGUCUCAGGGCUUGCGGCGUUUUGGGCUGUGUGACAGCUGCACCUGUGUUACAGACACUCACUACGAGGAUGAUCUGAUGCCCAUCAACCUUAGUCUGGUGGAGGCCUCAUCUGAAAGCCAAGAAAGGAGUGACACAGACAAUGACUGGCCGAUCUAUGUGGAGUCCGGUGAGGAGAAUGACCCAGCUGCAGAGGAGUCUGAUGACAAACCACAGAUUGGGCCUAACUUCUCAGAUUGAGAGACAUUUAACAUAACCGUAAAUCAGUGAGGAUGGUGGGGAAAGAUAUAGAAUGUGUUAUUGCUUACUCUAUGCUGAAAACCACUAUUUGUUCCAUUUUGUGGAACCUUAAAAGGAAUGUUUUUUUCCCACGGUUGUUAUACUUGCAUUUUAUUAGACUAUAUGAUAGAAGUUGGAUGUUGUGAUAAAAACUAGUAACUUUUGCUAGCUAUAGUGGAUCACACCUAAUAAUGCUACCAACUCAGGAGGCUGAUAUCUGAGCAUCAUAGUUGAAAGUCAGCCUGGUUCGGAAAAGUCUAUGAGACUCUCAU